AUGACCCCUACAUAUGAGCUCAUCAUCCUCCCUCUUCUUCCUUGCCGCCACCACUUGAGGAGGUACGCGGCGGAGAUAAGGGAUCUGGCGAAGAACGGCGCCAGAGUGUGGCUGGGGACGUACGAGACUGCGGAGGACGCCGCGCUGGCUUACGACCGAGCCGCCUUCAGGAUACGCGGCUCUCGUGCGCUAGUCAAUUUUCCUCAUCGGAUUGGGUCUGGCGAUCCAGAGCCGGUGAGAAUAACCCCCAAGCGCCGCUCUCCGCAGCCGUCAUUGUCGGCUGUGGCGGCACCAGCCCUCAAGCGUAGAAAGGGAGACGUGGAUUCGACGGUUGAAGUAGAGGCGGCCACAGAAAAUGUAGUAGAUGUGUUCCAACUGCAUCAACUAUGGGUGAACUCAUAG